AUGGUAUCCAAACCCGCAGCUCCACUUGUCUCCGGCCCAGGGACAGGCCCGUCCAAAGCCGAAGACGACACGGCCAUCUUUAGCCUUCGGCAUAUCCAGGUCUUGUGGUCUUGGGCUGCACGCCCAAAGACUAAAACGUUGUAUCCUCCCAUCUCUUCUAUUCCUCAAACCUCAGCCGCCCGACUCUCCGAACCCGAUGUAUCCCCCGACCCGUGUCCAAGCAAACCGAUCCUUGCGAAGUCGUUCCAUCAAUAUGCGCGAGCAAAGCCCAAGACGGUCCUGUACCUCGCCUAUGGCUCCAACAUGUGCGCCGAGACAUUUCUCGGCAUGCGCGGCAUUCGUCCGCUGAGCCAGGUCAAUGUUUCAGCGCCCUCGCUGGACUUGACCUUCGACUUGCCCGGUAUACCCUACCGUGAGCCAUGCUUUGCCAAUACGGCGCUGCGCAAGAUCCCAGGCAAUCCCCCGAAGCUGCCGCCAGAUAUCCAGAAUCCCCCGUUCAAGCCACCAACCACGCAGAAUGAAGUGGACGAGAACGAGGACCGGCUGGCACACCGCGGCCCUGUCUGGAACAAGGGUCUCUACGGAGUAGUCUACGAGGUCACAUCCGAAGACUACGCGAAAAUCGUCGCAACCGAGGGCGGCGGCGCAAGCUAUCACGACAUCCUGGUACCAUGCAUCGUCCUCCCGCCGAGCGUGCGCGUGCCGGAGAAGCCAACCAUCCCCGUCCCUCCACGCCCUUUCCUCGCGCAUACCCUCUACGCGCCACGCCUUCCCGACCUUCCGGACGACGGCGACGACAAUCAUGGUACUCCACACUUUCCCAACUGGAAGAAGAGCGCAAAGCACGACGGCGAUGACGACCGAAAGAAGCCAUGGCCCAUCCUCCCCCGCUGGCUCCGAAACCUCUUCUUCCACCGCACCCACCGCCCCUCGCCCGAUUACGCUCAGCCAUCAGCGCGGUAUCUCAAACUCCUCCGCGACGGCGCGCGCGAGCACGAGCUGCCGGCCGACUACCAAGCCUACCUGGGCGCACUACAGCCCUACACAGCCACGACGCGCAGACAGAAGCUGGGGCAGGUGCUCUUCCUCGGUUUCUGGUUCCCCAUCAUUAUCGGGAUGAUUAUGGGCGGCCGGUUGUUCGCAGAUAAGCAAGGGAGAUCACCCCCAUGGCUUGUGGCUAUCUCGACGGCGGUGAUGAACAUGGUUUGGCUGAGCUAUGACGCCGUGGGGAAGAGGCUCUUUGGGGAUGGAGAGAGGACUAUUGAGGAGGGAGAUGCUGGAAGUAUGACCAGGACAAAGAGGAGGAGGUCGAGUUAUGCGGAUGUGUUGCGCGGGAAGGAGGAGAUUGCGGAUGAGGAGAAAAGGGGUCUGCUGAAUGGCUAUCGAUGA